AUGGAGGAUUCAGUUCAGUCUCUCAUUCGGUUCGUAGGAAGGUCAUUUUAUGAUUUGCCGUAUAUAUUGAUUCUUGAUGCUGUCUUAAAACAUUCUGUGUUAUCGGAAGAUGAUUUAAUUCAUUUACUAAGUAUCAAAAGAAAAGAAUUAAGAGCCUUAUGUUAUAAGUUGGUUGAUGAUAGACUAUUAACAAAUCAUAUCCAGAAGGAAGAAACUGGUCAACAGAAGUAUGUCACAAGGACGUAUUUCUUCAUUCAUAAUACAGAGGCCAUAGAUGCCAUCAAAUGGAGAGUUCAUUCUAUUGUAAAUCAAUUGAAAGAAGAAAUGUCACAGUUUGGUAAUCCUCAAGGUUAUGUAUGUCCAAGGUGUGGGAAGAAAGUAAGUCAACUUGAUGCGAUAUCUUUACUUAGUGAAGAUAAAACUGAAUUUAUUUGUGAUGUUUGUCAAGGUGUAUUAAUAGAAGAUGAUUCAAGUCAACAAGCAUCCAUAAGACAAGAAAAAUUAGAGAAAUUAAUGCUUCAAGUUGAUCCUAUAAUCUCAUAUUUGAAAAAGAUAGAUGAAUCCAAUAUCGAAGAAAAUGAUUUCGAAUCAGCUCUUGUUUUAUCGAUUCCAGCUCAAAGUGUUUCAACCGCAUCUUAUUCCUUAUCCAAUCGUGUCAGUGCCAAAUCAAAAUCAAGUGCAACUCUCCAAAACCAAGCUGCAAGAUCACAAGCUACCUUACAUGUGUCCAUCACUGCCAAUGAUGAGAACUAUGAAAGAGAACAAAUGGAAAGAGAAAAGAGAAGACAAAGAUUGGAACAAAAUGCAUUACCAUCAUGGCAUUCUGGUAGUACGGUUGGAAAGGGUAAUUUGGGUAAGAUUACUGAUGAUGAUUAUGAAACUUAUAGUAAAGAAGGUACUCCUAUUAAGAAUGAAAAUGGUGAACUUGAAGUUAAGACUGAAGAAAUGCAAAUUGAUGAUAGUAUGGAAUCAAGUACAGGUCAAUCAUCUGCUAAUCCUACACCUGAAACAAGUACAGCUCCAACCUCUCAUAUCAUGGACUCUACAGAUCUUAAAGAUAAAGAGGCUCAAGAUGCAUUGGCUUCAUUCUAUGCUCAAUUGGCCAAACAAGAAGCAGAAGAAGAUGAAGAAGAAGACGAUGAUGAUGAUGACGUUGAUGAUGAUGAAUUUGAUGAUUUGAUAUAG